AUGGGGGAGUCACUCGGCUCUCGCUUGAUUAUCUCCAUCACUAUGAUCUUCCUUAUGCCUGCAAAACAGAGGAUGGUGAAUGCUUCUCUGUUUCUGCCGUUCCCUGAACUGAUUUGGCUUUCAUUGACAGGCAACCAGUUGCUUGGUUGCACGGAGAACCAAGUUGAUGUAGGGUUUGAGAAACUAUCGGCUCUGACGAAUUUGGAAGUUUUGGAUAUCAGUGAGAAUGGAUUCGCUAACAACGUAACGUCGUCUUUGGCUCAUUUAUGUUUACGAUAA